AGAAGAAGAAUCCUCCAUUUGUUCGUUUCGCGAUGCAAAAACCGAAAUAUUGGAAAAAAUAAGUCGUACCGGCCGUGGCACUCGAUCGGUAUUCAUGCCGGAUAGUCAGCCUUCAUUGGACGAAAGCCGACGCGUAAUUUCGUACGUAAAAUUCCGGUGUAGAUCUUGUUCAUUCGGCUUGUCGGCUCGGGGGCGGCUGAAGAAUGGAAUCCAGCGAACAGUUUUCGUUGUGCUGGAACAAUUUCCACUCGAAUCUCAGUUCCGGCUUCCACAGCCUUCUGAAAGACGAAGACCUGGUCGACGUCACCCUCGCUGCUGAGGGAAAGUACGUAAAGGCGCACAGAACGGUGCUUUCUGUGUGCAGCCCAUUUUUUAAAGACUUGUUUAGGGCGAAUCCUUGCAAGCACCCUAUCGUGAUUUUGCCAGAGGUGAGCUAUGGCGCUUUAAGGAGUGUGUUGCAUUUUAUGUACCAAGGAGAAGUUAGCGUCAGUCAGGAAGAAAUUCCGACUUUUAUGAAGGUGGCUGAGAUGCUUAAGGUCAAAGGAUUGACUGACAACUCAUCGGACGCCACAAACGGUUUUCCGAAUUCGAAAAGUUCUUUCGGCGCCCAGCAAAUUCUCAAACGACCACGGCCGCCCAUGAAAAAGAUGGUGCGGCCCAUGCCCCUACCCUUUAGAGAUGGGGUAAAGCUGUCAAACUCUCCACAACCGCCCGUGUUGCAGCCUUCGGUGCAGCCUCCUCCUAAAAAAAUCAUGACUGAUCCUCCCGAUUUGCAGUUGCAAACUCCAUCAGGCACUCAGACCCCAUCGUCAAGUCCCAGUCCCCAGGUUCAUACCAUGCCCCUCAUCAAACCGAAAGAGGAACCUGUUGAUCAUAGUGAAGAGGACACGGGCUCUCAGGGGGGUAUGGAGGAAAUGAGUAUGGACAUUGCGAAUAUGUUGGAUACCACUUUGGGGGAAACAAUGGAGGACCCUUCCAUGGCAGAAUUGCCUCCACCAUGGCCCCCAGGGGACAUGGAGGCGGCCAACACAGAAGACCCUUCCCAACCAGGUACAAUUCAGUGCAUUCUGGGCAGGCGGGGUAACCCUAGACUGAUCGUAGAUGGUUAUGUGUUUUACAAGAAGAGUGUUUACAAGGGCAAAGCGUUCUGGUAUUGCAAAAACUCGCGGACCCCUGAGAAGUGCCAAGCUGUAUGCUGGACCAUGAACGGUAAUAUCGUCAAGUGGCCCUACUUGCAUAACCACCCCAUAAUGCCUGAUCCUUUCAAUCCUGAAGAGGAUUCCGAAGUUCCUAUUGAGAAUCUGCAGGAGGUACUGUGGCAGACGUCUUUGAGUUAAGUUUUUGUGAUGAUGAUUGGGGAGUGACAAUUGUUAGAUCUGUGGUCUGCGGACGUGUUAGAACCUGGUCUGUGGACAUGCCCGUUCUAUUGCGGCUGUCGCGUUGUGACCUUCGUCAUGAAAAACUGUAUUUUAAAAGUAUUUUCGAUUAUAUCAUCUCAACUUAUUUAUUUAUAUACACACACUACGCUUUCUAGUAUUCUGUUUUUUAACUUUGCGAGUAUAUUAUUUUCUAGUGCUCUCUAAGAUGCUUUAUGCACAUAUUUUUUUAUAUGUCAUUGUUUUCAACAGGGUACUGUACAUUUUAAGCACUCAGGCUUUUGGUUGUACCAACGCGAGCUUUUUGAACAAAAUACAUUUUCACAGUGUCAGUGCCAGUGGGUUGAACUUACGAGGGUUUAGUUCCAGUUCCCUCUAUACGAAAAAAGCGACGCGAUACACUUAUCAGUAAUUUGUAAACGAAUUAUCUCAUUUUUUUAAAUAAAAA